GUAAUUCAUGUCCAACCAACACAAUCAUAUGACUACUGCGCCAUUUCUGCGUGUGUCUUUGAUAUUUCCCAAUUCAGUUGUUGGUCUCUGAAGAGAACCUGCCCUGCCCUGCCCUCUCGCUACCUUCACCACAGUCAGAGCAACCCCUGUUCAUUCAUCCUUACCUUACUAUAUUUAUAUAUAAUUACUAUAUAUAUAUAUAGUUAGCUCUCUGUCUCUAUCGAUAUAUAAUCAAUAUAUACACAUAUAUAUAUAUAUAUACCCGUUCAUCGUUGAAACCUUAAUUACUCACACAUCAUGUCUACCGACGAUGCUCCAAUUUAUGCGCCGUUUUUUGGUGUAAUGGGUGCCACAUCAGCAAUGGUAUUUAGUGCACUUGGUGCUGCCUAUGGCACAGCCAAGUCCGGCACAGGUAUCGCAGCCAUGUCUGUCAUGCGUCCAGAGUUGAUUAUGAAAUCCAUCAUUCCAGUUGUCAUGGCUGGUAUCCUCGCCAUUUAUGGUUUGGUUGUGGCUGUCCUUAUUGCUAAUAAUAUCAAACAAGGCUACAAGCUGUUCAAGGCUUUUGUUCAUUUAGGUGCUGGUCUAAGUGUCGGUUUGAGUGGAUUAGCUGCUGGGUUUGCUAUUGGCAUAGUUGGAGACGCUGGCGUGCGAGGAACAGCUCAACAACCCAGGUUGUUUGUCGGAAUGAUUCUUAUCCUCAUUUUUGCUGAAGUAUUGGGACUCUAUGGAUUGAUUGUUGCGUUGAUUCUUUCAACACGUGAAUGAGGCUUGCUAGUGGUUGCUGUUAAAAGAAGACAAAAAAUAAAGAAAAUUUUAAAAUAAUUUAGGGGGUACGGUGGAAACAGUAAUAAUCUGAAGGAAAGGAAAUAGAAAACUCCAAUUUAAAAAGAAAAAAAAUACCAAAAAAAAAGUUCUAAUUGAAUGUCUAAUUUCAUUAUUUCUACCUUGGUGUCGUCGCCAGGUGGAAACUGGAUGAUCGAUAAUGAGGAUAAAGCAGGCAGAAAUAAACUAUUUUGAAUGAAGAGUUGUUAUAUGCUGGCUGUGUAGGCAAAUACAGGUGUACAGUUUGAAUGUUGUUGUAAAGACACUUACUACUCCUUCCACCGUAUUCAUUAAACAAAAUCUUAAGGCUCAUUGUGUCAGAUGUGAUAGAUCAGGAAUUUUUUAAAGUGACUUGUGUGCAAAAAGAAACAACAAAAAAAAAGUGUAUUAUUUACAUACAUAUACAUACAUGAAUGACUGUGUGCAUGCGUGUGGGCGUGUGUGGGUCUUUCCUUGUAUAUUAAAACAAUUUACUGGUCUUUUUUUUUCUCCCCCCACUUUUUUUUUUUCUUCCUGAAAUAUUAGAGGUUGACCAUUUAAUGCUGUAGAAAGUCUAAUAGUUGUGGACAAAAUAAUUGUAUAUUGCAUUCUGUAAUUGUGUUGGGCUGUAAGGAGGUUGAUGUGGAUGGUGGUGGUGGUGGCAGUGGAGGAGGAGGAGGAGGUAGUGGUGUUGAGGCUUGAUUCCUAGUUGUCAUUCAUCAAUGACCUAUUCCAUUAAUUAAUUAUUCCAUAAUUUUUCCUUUGGUGGUCUUGUUGUUGUUGUUUUUGCCACCAACAUCACUUUCUCUCUCCUGUUUUUUCCCCCCCUAAUCCCCCCUUUUAUUCUUUCUUGGAGUCUCUAAGGCUUGCAGCCAUCCCACCCCCAUUCCCCCUUAUAGCUUGCAAAGGGCUGUUACCAGUAUUGUUGUGCUAUUCUUCCUCCAGCUCCUCCUCUUCUUCCUCCUCCUUCUGCUCGUUCACGUUUCCUACAGGUGCAGAAACGGUCAUUUAGCCCACAUAGAGCCAGACUUAUUUCCAGAAAACGGUACCAGGUGUAUGUUGAAUAAAAUGUAACACUUGCAGGUCCCAGUAUAGUUUUUAAAGUAUGUUGACCUAUACAUAUGAAGUGUUGUUUUGUUUU